AUGAAAGAAAAUGAAAUUUUAAUUCUGAAAACAUCUUUACAAUCAACGAAUAAAAAGAUAGCAAACGAAGCCGAAAUCAAACAACAAUUGCAGCAACAACUCUCAGAGAACGAGAAUAAGUUUAAGGAUUUACAGCAAGAAAAUACUCGCCUUGUUAAUAAGAACGAAUAUAACAUAAAACAACUGGCAUUGAAAUCAAGGGAAAUGUCUGUGUUAAAGGAAUUUCUGAACCGAAAAAUCGGAAAUUCUGAUAAAGCUGCAACUAAUACUCCAGUGACUGAGAUUGCGAACAUUUGCAAACGCAAUGUCGAAAAUGCUAUCGACAACAAUACUACAGAUCUAAAGAUUAAACAUCUUCAAUAUCAAAUGGAGAAGGAAAUUGAAAAUAAUACAAAACUGCUAUUGGAUAAUAAGAAAUUGCAAAGUCAAAUUCAACAAAGUGCAAAAGCCACUAGUUGCCCUCAAUGCCGUGAAGAAAAUCCUACGUCCCAUAAGAUAUUUUUAAUUUUAAACGAUGAUCCGGAAGUGCCACAAUCAGUUCCUUCUAUUGACAUUGUAGAAGUACUAAAAGCAAGACUAGAUUCAAGCCUUGACAAAAUACAUCUACUUGAGGUACAGUUGUGUGAAGAUGAAAGCAAUUUUCUUCAAAUGCAACAACAAUAUUCUCUUGAACAGGAAAUGAGAAUAAAAUUGCAACGGGAAAUUGACCAAGUAGCCAUUACAGAAGAACAUUUUCUCCAAAUGCAUUCGUUAUACUCCGAAUCAGAAGAUCGAGCGAAAAUAUUGCAAGAGGAAAUUCUACAUCUUACUGCUGAAAAUGAACGUAAAUCUGAAGAUAUUAAAAUUAAGGAAAAAGAAAUUUCAUUUCUGAAAACAUCUUUACAAUCAGCGGUUAAAAAAAUAGCAAAAGAAGUGCAAAUCAAACAACAAUUGCAGCAACAACUCUCAGAGAACGAGAAUAAGAUUAAGGAUUUACAGCAAGAAAAUACUCGCCUUGUUAAUAAGAACGAAUAUAACAUAAAAGAACUGGCAUUGAAAUCAAGGGAAAUAUCUGUGUUAAAGGAAUUUCUGAACCGAAAAAUCGGAAAUUGUGAUAAAGCUGCAACUAGUACCCCAGUGCCUGAGAUUGCGAACAUUUGCAAAUGCAAUGUCGAAAAUGCUAUCGACAAUAAUACUACAGAUCUGAAGGUUAAAAAUCUUCAAUAUCAACUAGAGAAGGAAAUUGAAAAUAAUACAAAAUUGCUAUUGGAUAAUAAGAAAUUGCAAAGUAAGAUUCAACAAUGUGCAAAAGCCACAUGUUGUCCUCAAUGCCGCGAAGAAAAUCCUACUUCCCAUAAAAUAUUUUUAAUUCUCAACGAUGAUCCGGUAGUUCCACCAUCAGUUCAUUCGAUUGACUUGGUAGAAGAGCUGCAAGCAAAACUAGAGUCAAGCCUUGAAAAAAUACAUGAACUCGAUGAACAGUUGAGGGAAAAUGAAAGUAAUUUUCUUCAAAUGCAGAAACAGUAUUCGGUUGAGCAACGAAUGAGAGAAAAGUUCCAACAGGAAAUUGACGAAGUAGCCAUUACCGAUGAAUAUUUUCUCCAAUUGCAUUCGUUGUAUUCCGAAUCAGAAGAUCAAGUGAAAAAAUUGCAAGAGAAAAUUCUACAUCUUACCAAUGAAAAUCAACGUCAAUCUGAGAAAAUCAGAAUUAAAAAUAAUAAAAUCGUGACUCUGAAAAAAUCUGUACAAUCAACGGAUAGAAAAAUAGCCAAUGAGGGCGAAAUCAUACAAAAAUUGCGACAACAACUCUCAGAGCAUGAGAACAAGGUUAAGGCUUUACAGCAAGAAAAUAAUCGCCUUGUUAAUAAGAACGAAUAUAACACAAAAGAAUUGGCAUUGAAAUCAAGAGAAAUGUCUGUGUUGAAGGAAUUUUUAGACCGAAGAGUUAAAAACUCAGGUAAUGCUGCGGCUAAUACUGCAGUUCGAAAGAAACUAUGCAAAUGCAAUGUUGAGCCCGCAGUCGAAAACAAUACUACAGAUCAAAAGGUUAAACAUCUUCAAUGUGAGCUGAAGAAGGAAAUUGAAAAUAAUACAAAACUAUUAUUGGAUAAAAAGAAAUUAAAAAGACGGAUAAAGCAAAUGGAAAAGAAUUUUGAUCAUUCGCAAAUCCUAUGUAGCAAUACGUCGAUAGGCAAAUGA